AUGUCUGGAAAAGGUGGAAAAGCCGUGAAAGGUCCUGCUCAGAAGCAACAAGCAGCAAAGAAAACAGCUGGUAAGUCGCCUGCUGAUGGAGGAAAGAGGAAACGUCGGAAGAGAACGGAAUCUUUUGCUUUGUAUAUAUACAAAGUUCUGAAACAAGUACACCCUGAGACAGGAAUAAGCAAGAAAAGCAUGAGCAUUAUGAAUUCAUUUAUUAAUGAUGUCUUUGAUAGGCUUUCAGCCGAAGCAGUGAAAUUGGUUCAAUACAACAAAAAGAGAACUUUAUCUAGUAGAGAAGUCCAAACUUCUGUACGUUUAAUGCUACCUGGUGAGCUCUCUAAACAUGCUGUUUCUGAGGGCACUAAAGCAGUAACUAAGUAUACCUCUGCCUCUGCUUAA